GGCAGAAGGUCGCGAGCCGCAGAAAUUUUUCAGAAGAGAGACCGACUAGCCUGAACACCCAAGUCCAACGAUCUUUCAGCUUUACGCGACUGGAAUAUAGACGAAUAUCUGUCUUGUUUUGACUAUGACGGACUCCGAACUUCCUGCUCGGCCUCGCGAGGCCGUCGACGAUGUCGAAGAUAGCUCCAGUGAAUCGAGUCCCAGCGAAUGUCUAGAUCUCACAAAGGACGAUGGAUGGGAGGAUGUUGAGCCUGAUGAAGAAGUCAAUCCUGUCGUUGACCUCUUUAGCGACAAGGUCUUUCCAGACACUCGGUCAAUGCUUCAACACUGCAAAGAAAAUUUCAACUUCGACCUUGUUAAGGUGCAGAAGCAGCUUGGCCUAGAUUUCCUUGGGACCAUAAAGCUCGUCAAUUAUAUCCGGUCGGAAGUCCAAUCGGGGAAUACCAAGCCGGAUGUAUCGUCCAGUGCCCCAUUUGAGGAUGACAAGUACCUUAAGCCAGUGCUGGAAGAUGACGCGCUUCUGUAUACUCUAGAGGAUAUAUCGGAUGGCGAUGAAGACCUUGGUCAACAGGCCGCGAAUCCUACCUCUAGAAUAAGGGAUCUUGAAGAAGAGCUCAGUCGCCUUCGGGAAGAGUUCGUUGAAUACAAGAAUAUGGUGCAGAGAUCGCUCAGCAAACAGCUUGGGAGCGAAGUCGAAAACGGCUCGCAGAUCCCUCCGAACCAGAAUCAAAACGAGCACGUUACCGAGACAAGGAGAUAUAAGGAUGCAGAAGCUGGGUACUUCACUUCUUAUGCCUAUAACACGAUACAUGAAUCGAUGUUAAAGGAUACUGUUCGAACUGAUUCUUACCGCGAUUUCAUUUACGAUAAUAAAAGUAUCUUUAAGGAUAAAGUCGUACUGGAUGUGGGCUGCGGAUCUGGGAUCUUGUCUAUGUUCUGUGCAAAGGCCGGAGCAAAGAUGGUUAUAGCCGUUGACAAUUCAGAUAUCAUCGACAAAGCACGCCAAAUCGUGUAUGAGAAUGGAUUCGGCGACGUGAUCAAGUGUAUCCGGGGUAAAAUUGAGGAAGUAGUCUUGCCUGUAAAGCAAGUUGACGUUAUAGUCUCGGAGUGGAUGGGAUACUGUCUCCUAUUUGAGGCGAUGCUCGACUCAGUGCUCUUUGCCCGAGAUCGCUAUCUCGCACCUGGAGGACUAAUGGUGCCUUCACAUGCGACACUUCGGAUAGCACCCAUUGCAGAUUCCGAUUUCAUUGAUGAGCAUAUAUCAUUCUGGAAUUCAGUUUAUGGAUUCAAGAUGUCAGGCAUGCUUGAGAACGUCUAUGAUGAGGUUCUCAUCCAAACAAUCAGCCCUUCUGCAAUGGUUGCAGAUUCUGCUUUAUUUUUGUCUCUCCCUUUGCACACUAUUACAGUUGAAGAGCUCACGUUUGUCAAAGAGUUCAAAGUUGCUAUAACAAAAGAUGCCGACACCUUGGAUGGUUGGCUUGUUUGGUUUGACAUGUUUUUCAUGCCUUCUUGUGAAAGCAAGCUUGCAGAUAAUGCCACUCCAGGCGAGAUGAAGAAGUCGGGCUAUGUGGCCUUUACAACUGGCCCUGAUGGAAAAGAAACCCAUUGGCAGCAAGGGGUGUUUUUGAUAAACCGUGGAAAACACCAAGAGCGUCCAUUGAAAAAAGGUCAAGUGAUUAAGGGAAAAAUUGGAUACAAAAAGAAGGAAGAACAGUCGCGGUUAUUGGAUAUCGACAUCGAAUGGGCAGUUGAUGAAGAGCCUCCGGUUCACCAGGAAUGGGCAUUGCAGUGAGCUUGCCAGGUCCCAAGCAUUCGAAAUUUUCGCUUUUGAUGCGAUAUGGGAAAUGAUUCAACAUGUUCAGCAUAAAGGUGAUGGUCAAAUAGAUAUACAAAAUCGCUGUUAUAGAAUACAAAAGUAUGGGUUAUCCCUUUCGAUCAUAUCACUGACCAACUGCACAAUUUUGUUGCUCACACAUCCAUAUAGGGGGCGGGUAGCUCCCAAUGUCAGUAUGUCACCGUCUCACUCUACUCUUAUCCUUCUCAUGGUGGCUUGAGCGCCUAUCAUUGCGAUGAUCUGAAUCAUGCCCUGGAUUUGGACGAUCCGUUUCCCUGUGAGACCUAUGGGGGCGGCGUUUUCUCUUAUGUUUCUGCUCAUCAACUGGAUCCUCAUCCAAUUUAAAAUCCUCCAGGCUGUCAUACGAGCGAGAUCUUCGGCGACGACGUCGCCUCGAUUCCUUAUCCGCCCGUUUCAAAGCUUUAAGUUCCUUCUUUCUUUCCUCUUCCCAUUCCUUUCGUUCUUUCUCAACAUCACGGAGCUGGCGGACGCCCAUUUUCAUCGCUGCCAAAGGGUCAUUUGCGUCUAUUCUCAUCUUCUCGCGUUCCCGCCUGCCGGGGUCCUCAUUACCCCAGACAUCCUUGGCAGGAAUGUCUUGUGUCCGCGUGGCAAGGUCCAGCUGUGAGGUAGAAUACCAUGGGGCUUCCAUCCCCUGCUUGUAUCCCGCAGCAUUUGAAAAGCGCAUUGUAUACUGAUCCUCGUACUCUCGCUUGGCCUUAGCUGCUUCUGCCUCGGCCUCGUCGUUCUUUCCAGGCCGCUCAUCGGCUUUGCGCGGAAAUAAACUGAUAUGUCCAGAAGAAUCAACGAGCGGUGCGUUACUCAUCGGCUUGCGCGAGGUAAUUUCGCGACUCGACCCAGCUCUCAGAAGCACAUCUUCCCUAGCGAGCCGAAUGUCUCGGUCGGUAUCAUCUUCUCCUGCUAGACGCCGCCGCUUGCGGUGUCUAACUUCGGUAGGUGCCUUUGUGGCCGCGAUAUCUCGGGAAAAAUCCUGUUGUGAUAGAGGAGAGGUCGGGCGCUGGUUGCGCAGGAAAUCAAUUCGCCUUUCGGCAACAACUUCUUGCUCGCGCCUCUCAUUCUCUUCCUCUCGAUCUUUGGCCAGCGCCUCAUCCCGCCGAACCCUUGCGAUAUUUUCUCUGUUGUAGACAUUCCAUGAUUUCUUUCCGAGUAAGUGCCUUAUUAUACUAGUCAGCAAGAGUCGUAACCUCUAAAUGCGG